AUGAAUUCAUAAUGUUACUUACAUGGUUAUCCACUUGAAUGUUAGAACUUGUUGUAAGAUCUUUUCAAUUUGAUUCGUGAUGGAGAAGAAUUCAUAACAUUAGAGAGAAUCUUUAAAUUAUUACGAGUAGUUACUCCAACUAUAUAUUACUUUUUAGGCAUGGCAAUAUGAUGUACCAUUCUCCAAUUUAUGUAAAUUACUUAGGAUGUCUAAUUAAUCAUGUCAUCAGAAUACUAAGAAUCAUUUAAAUGAGUUAGCAUUUCAUUAAUUACUUCAUAAUCCUGACAUUUAAAUGACUUAUAAACCCAAGAAGGAUGAAACUGUAAAUACUCCUCCAACAUUAGAUGGAUUAUUUAGAAGAAUAGGAGAAUAGAUUUAGAGGAAAAGAUUGUAAGAGAAAUUGAAUGAUGACAACAUUACAAAUAAAGACAAGUUUAAUUUUAUGCUUCAAUUAUUGCAAGUAGGUUCACCAAGAAAUGAUAGAGAAAAUUCAAUUGUUGUAGAAAAAGUUAAAAGUGUUAGGAAAUUCAAGGAAGAUGAAUUCAAAUUACUAAUAAAACCAAAGAAGACAAAGAGAAAGGCUGAAAGUAUGUAGGAUCCCCCACAAAUUUAAGUUGAAUAAAAAUUUACUAAACUUCCAAAUACCACAUUACAUUUACCAACAAGUAGAAUUAGAAAAUUACAUGAUCGUAUGAUGUAAUAGAUGGAUGAAAUUAGAAUGGAUCCUAAUGUAUAAAAAUUGAGCAAUAUAAUUCAUAAAUCAUAGGGAAACCUGUCAAUCAGGUUACCAUAAAUUUAAUAUAUAUGAAACCACAACGAUAUUUAAUGGAUUUUAAUCUCUCAAAGUCAUAUUUGCCAUAAAAAAUACAAGCAAAUCGUGAGUCAUCAGCCAAAAAGCUUAGCAAUUCAGAAGUCAAUGCUGCUAUGCAAAAAUACUUCUAAUUACUUAAAAAGAAGGAAGGUAAAGUUUAACAUCCAAUAAUCACACCUACUCAAUCCUCUAAGAUUUUAAGUCAACUUGUCACCAAAGUCUCACCAUAACUAGACAUUCAAUUACCUGUUAAACCUCCAACACCAACUGGAACUUAAUCAUAUAGACCAUCAACUGAAAAGAAAGCACAUCAUCGUCCUUAGCAAUCUGUAGGUUAAAGCAAGGAUCUUAUAUUAAAAAAGCUUUAGAGUGCUUUAUUUUAGAAGCCAAAAACACAAUCAUAAUAGGUUACACCUAAAAGUGCAGGAAAAGGUAGUCUAAGUGUCAACAAAUAUUUUGAGAGUACAAAGAAAUUAAAUUCAGAUCAACCACAAUAUUAUAUAACUAAAGUUAAGAAUGCUUUCACCAAACCUAUUCAUGAUGAUUAUUUUAGUAGAAUGUAUAGGGAGCAUUUUUUUUAAACUUAUUAAGGAAUAUAUGUUGCUUCAUAUUUAUCACCAGCUGAUCCAAAAGAUCUUAAAAAUAAAUAAGUACAUCUUAAAUAAAAGGAUAUUUAUAAAAGUAUCUAAUCUAUUUUAACAUAUUUAUAGAUAAAAUUAGUAUAGUCUUUGAUCUUGAUGAAACUUUAGUGCAUUGUAAUGAGAGUCUAGCUAUUCCUAGUGAUGUUAUUCUUACUAUAUAAGUUUCACCUUAAGAAACUAUUAAAGCAGGAAUUAAUAUUAGACCUGGAGCUAUAAAAUUACUUGAAUUAUUGGUCAAUGAUUUUGAAUUGAUCAUAUUCACUGCUUCUCAUCCUUGUUAUGCACAAAAGGUUAUUGAGUAUCUGGAUCCCAAUAAAACAUUAAUCUCACAUAGUUUGUAUCGUGAUAAUUGCAUAAUGACAACUGGAGGAAUGUAUACAAAGGAUUUAAGAAUAUUUGAUCGUCCAUUAAGUCAAUUAGUUUUAGUUGACAAUGCCUCGUAUUCUUAUGCAUGGCAAUUAGAAAAUGGGAUUCCUAUCAUUCCCUUUUAUGAUAACAAGGAAGAUAAAGAAUUGGAAUCCUUACUAAAGUAUUUAAGAGGAAUGUAAGGUUGCAGAGAUGUUCGAGAUUACAAUAAGUUUAUUAUAUAUCUUAAUAAUUUAGAGAAAACCUUAAGUUGCACAACUUCUAGGACCCAUCAGGACCUGGAGCUGUCUUUGAGAAAUUGUUUCAAUAGAAGAUGGAAAUCUAAUGAUA